GGCAGGGCAGCUAGGAGCGAGUAGGAGGACCUGGAGGCCGGGUCGAAGGUCAGGGCCUUAUCUUGGCCGCCGUGGCACGUAAGUUUCUGCUUUGUACACAGUAGGGCUUUACAUUUGCAGGGGUGUCUGCACCUGGUUUAUUGCUAUCCCCGGAAAGCAAUCAGGUUUCUGCAUUUGGACGCCCCACCAGGCCGCCUGAGAUGGAAGUGGCCCAGUAGUCAUGUCCUUGGAACAAGCAGGUCUUGUCUGUGCCAGUAACAGACUGUGACAGGUGGCCGGAGAUGCAGCUGGAGGGAUGGUCAGGAGCCUGGGAGCUCAGACACCCCCAAUCCUUGCCACCACGGGAGCUCCGUGUUUUAAAUUUCCUCACAUUUUGAAACGAUGAAGCCGAAUGACAAGCAGUUUCUGUAUGAAGGGGUCCCUACCUGAACAUUACAAGUGACUUUUACCCUGGGAUUCAGAAGUGUCUACAGGACAGAGACUGGACCUGCUAAAGGGAAGGGCAGAGGUGAAGAGUUCUGGACCUGGCCCUGGGUCUGUCACAGGAGCAAGGCAAGCUAGAGUGGAGUCAAGGGCUGGAGGUGACACACUCUGGGGCUGUCCACGGAGCAUCAGAAUGACAGGUGCUCUGACUCUCCAGACGGCCGGGCCCCGACCGGACUCAUUGGAGGGAUGGACCAACUCACCAGGAGCAGUCACAGGAUAAGAAGCAGGUUGCACUUGUUAAGAUGGGAGGAAAUUCCUCAAAGCCAACUGUUUUGGAUUGUAUAAUGAAAAACUUUAAGAAAGGUUUUUCCGGAGCCUAUGGAGUUAAGAUGACCGCGGGAAAUCUCCGCAUGCUGUGCGAGCAGGAGUGGCCCACCUUCGGGGUGCGAUGGCCUAUGGAGGGUACCCUGGAUCUCCCUACAGUUAGAGCAGUGUACUGAGUGGUGAUAGGGACCCCCAGGCACCCAGACCAGUUUCCAUUCAUAGAUUCCUGGUUACAAAUUUCUGUUAAGCUGCCUCCCUGGGUUUGGUUCUGUGUGAAUAAGCAGGGACAGUAUAGGAUCUUUGUAGCCCAACCAGCUGGUACAAUAGAUCCAGCAGCCUGGGCCCUGGGGAGCCAACAGUUGUGAUGAAAAUUGGGGGCCAAUCAAUGACUUUCGUGGUGGACACUGGAGCCGAACACUGUGGUGACCACACCUGUGGCUCCCCUAACAGGUCAGACAGCAACUAUCAUUGGGGCCACAGGAGACAAGACUGCUCGCUCAUUCUGUAAAGCCCGCUCAUGUCAACUUGGGGGCCACUUGGUGACUCACGAAUUCUUGUACUUACCAGAGUGCCCCAUUCCUUUGCUGGGCAGAGAUUUGCUGACAAAGCUGGGGGCACAGAUCACUUUUGCCCCUGGGAAACCCGCAAGCCUCACCCUGGGGAGCCAACCAGCUCUGAUGAUGGCCCGUAACCAUGCCCAGAGAAGAUGAAUGGUGUCUCUAUUCUUCAGAAAGGGAACAGACAAAUUCCACUAACCUACUAGAAGACUUCCCUGCUGUCUGGGCAGAGAAGGGGCCCCCAGGUUUGACCAAGACCCAGGCACCCAUUGUGGUAGCCCUGAGGCCAGGGGCCACUCCUGUUAGACAGAAGCAAUAUCCAGUACCAUGAGAGGCACGCUUGGGAAUCCAGGACCACAUUCAAUGCCUGCGUGAUGCUGGAAUUCUGGUCGAAUGUCAGUCUCCUUGGAACAUUCUGCUUUUACCAGUCAAGAAGCCUGGAGGAAACGACUACUGUCCUGUCCAGGACCUCCGUGCCGUCAAUAACGUAGCAGUCACCAUCCAUCCAGUGGUCCCGAACCCUUACACCCUCCUGAGCCUCUUGCCCGCCUAAGCAAGCUGGUUCACUUGCCUUGAUCUCAAGGAUGCCUUCUUUUGCCUCCGGCUAUCACCAGCAAGCCAGCCCUAAUUCGCCUUUGAGUGGGAAGACCCACACAAUGGGAGGAAGACACAGCUGACUUGGACCCGAUUGCCACAAGGCUUCAAAAACUUGCCUACCUUGUUUGGUGAACACUGGCCGCAGAUCUUGCUGGCUUCCCCAGAGAGGAUAUGAACUGCACCCUACUCCAGUACAUAGAUGACCUGUUGCUAGCCAGUCCCACCCAAGAAGACUGCUGGAAAGGCACCAAAGCCCUAUUGGCCCUACUCUCCAACACAGGGUACAAGGUGUCAUGGAGAAAGGCUCAGAUCUAUAGACAGGAGGUCAGAUACCUUGGGUUCGUCAUCUCAAGGGGACAUUGGGCACUCAGACAUGAAAGGAAGCAAACCAUCUGCUCAAUACCCCAGCCAAGCACUAAGAAAGAGGUCCAAGAAUUCCUUGGGGCUGCCGGAUUCUGUCGAAUCUGGAUACCGUGUUUUUCUGAAAUUGCCAAGCCUCUAUAUGAGGCCAGAGCAGGAUCUGGUAGGGACCCCCUAGAGUGGGGACCUAAACAAGAAAAAGCUUUCAAAGAAAUAAAAAGACAUUUAACCAGCGCUCCAGAGUUAGGGCUGCCAGAUGUGACACGGGACUUUAACCUCUUCGUGCAUGAGAGAAAUCAUACUGCAUUGGGGGUCCUCACCCAAACAGUUGGGCCAUGGCAGUGCCCGGUCACAUAUUUAUCCAAAUAACUGGAUUCUGUGGCCGUGGGAUAGCCACCAUGUCUCCAGGUGUUGGCUGCUACAGUAGCCCUGGUCAGCCCUGUAAGCUUGUCUGCUUACACGGGGACAAAAUAUAAAUGUAAAGUUUCCCUACGCUGUUACUACGCUGAUGAACAGCCAAGGGCAUAAAUGGCUGACCAAUGCCAGAAUGACUCACUAUCAAGGACUGCUCUGCGAAAACCCACGGGUCCACCUUGAGACUGUGCGUACACUGAAUCCUGCCAUCUUCUUACCUACGGAGGCAGGGACCCCCGAUCACAACUGUGAAGAGGUUUUAGGUGAAAUCUACUUGAGCAGGCCAGACCUCAUGGACACUCCCCUUCAGAACCCAGAAUUGGAACUGUUCAGUGAUGGAAGCAGUUUCGUCCAGGAAGGACAACACAAAGCAGGCUAUACCAUAACAACAACAGAUGAAAUAAUAAAAGCAGAGCCCUUGCCCCAGGGGUGGUCAGCACAACGGGCUGAACUACGGGCGCUCAUCCAGGCGAUAAGGCAUGCCGAAGGGAAGCGAGCCAACAUCGACACAGACUCAAGAUAUGCCUUUGCUACUUUACAUGGACAUGGAGCCAUCUACAAAGAAAGGGGACUACUAACAGCAGGGGAAAAGGAGAUCAAAAACAAAAAAGAAAUCCUUCCGUUAAAGGCAGUUUGGAAGCCCUCCCAGGUGGCAGUCAUCCACUGCAAAGGCCACCAAAGAGGAACUGACCUAGUCAGCUGGGGGUAUCGGUUGGCCGACCAGGUGGCCAAGGAGGUAGCAACCCAACCAAAUCCUACAAUGAGCCUUGAACCAAACUCCGAAAUCCUCUUGGCACCAGAAUUGCCUUCAUCUCUGAGGUAUACCAUAGACCAAUGGGCUUUAAGUGAGGGAGGAACUAAGGGGAAGGAAGGCUGGUGGAAGCUUCUGGACCAAAGGCUCUUUGUUCCUAGUACUAUAGCCAUUCAGCUGGUAAAGCAACAUCACGAGACAACUCACUUAGGAAAAACUGUACUAGAAAGUCUACUGAGCUGCUACUAUUUCGUUCCUAAGCUCCCAACCCUGUGUGCCCAGAUCAGUGCUACGUGUGUGACUUGUGCACGAAACAAUGCCAGCCAAAGACCAAGACCCAGCCCCGGGGUACAGACAGUUGGAACGUUACCCCUUGAAGAUUUAGAGGUGGACUUUACUGAAAUUAAGCCUUGCUGGGGCUAUAGGUAUUUGCUUGUGAUAGUCUGCACCUACUUGGGAUGGGCUGAGGCCUACCCCACGCGCACUGAGCGAGCAUGAGAGGUGGCCGAGGCCCUACUAAGAGACAUAAUCCCCACAUAUGGGCUACCUCUCUCCAUAGGGUCUGACAACGGGCCAGCCUUUGUGUCUGAUAGUCCAGACCUUGUCCAAGGCACUGGGAAUCAAAUGGAAGCUUCAUGCUGCUUACAGGCCACAAAGCUCAGGGAAAGUUGAACACAUGAAUCGGACCCUUAAGACUAUGUUAGCUAAACUCUGCCAAGAGACCCAAUUACCCUGGAUUGACAUGCUGCCCCUAGCCUUGUUCCAAGCCCGAUGCACCACGAGGUCCUCAGUCUAUUCUCCCUUCAAAAUCUUAUACGGGAGACCCCCCUGGUGGUAGGGAGACUCAAGGGAGACCCCCAACAACUAGCUGACCUGGAGAUGUCUCGACACCUCCAGGCCCUGGGAAAGGUCUUCUGCUGUAUUACUCGAGAUACCUUAGAAAGGACUCCCAUUCCCUUGUGCAAUUGGGUUCAUCCCUAUCAGCCAGGAGGUGAGGUAUGGGUAAAAGACUGGAGAAAGGAACCACUUCAGCCAGUUUGAACGGGCCCUCAUAUGGUCGUCCUGGCGACGCCUGCUACUGUUAAAGUUACAGAAAUAACACCGUGGAUCCACCACACCCGGGUAAAGAAAGCAGCACCUCUAGAAGGGCGAGAGACCUGGACUGCAAAAGCUGAUCCAAACCAGCCACUUCGGGUCUUCCUACGGAGACAACAAAGUCCAGUCUAAGAGCUUCAGCCUGCUCCAGUCACGCCAGGGCUGACUGCUCUGUGCACGACGGAAGCUUGAGGAAUUCGACGAGGGAUAUCUGAGGGUCAGGGUUACGAUGACACCCUGCCUUGUAGAGACUAGUUAUACCACUGGCCUUGAUGCUCUCUAUAGGCCAAACACAAGGGGUCAUUUUGGCUAUAAUCUGCCCAAAAGUAGUGGAAUUAAGUGGAAUCAAAUGUUUUCUGUAAUAAUGAUUUAUAUCCUACUAAGCUACAGUGCAUUAGAAAGCAAGAUGGACCCCUCAUGUACUCCAUGUAUCCGCAUGACUAGAUCAGGUCAGGGAAUCACAUGGACCACUAUUCAUGAGAGUGGUUUCCAGCCUGGCUGAAGCCACUGCGGUUAGGAGAGCCACCAUACACCUUCUGGCCCUGAGAGGUUAUCAACCCAUGGGCCUAGAUGAUCAAGAAGUUGACGCCUUAUAAAGAUUUUUAGGGGCAUCAAGAGGGGGGAAUAAUGAGGGAAAUCUGGAGUUCAUAGCUUUCUGCCUGCUCUGCUUCUGUAAAACCUGCUUGCUGCGCUAGAGUGAGGACAAAAUACUUUAAGAAUCAACUGGAACCUAAAAGAUGAUCAGAUAAGUAUGGAAUGUUCUCGCCUUUGUUUGAAAACCCUUUGCAUGUAACCCCUAGCAACUCCUGCGCUCUGUAAUCACCUGAAAUCUAUGGAAACUGAGUAGCCAAUCAAUUAAUGCCAACUGCAGCCAAUCAAUUAAUGCUAACUGUAGCUAUGUGUCUUAACCUAUAUAAGGAGAGAAUUCACCUGGAACGGGGCCCAGAAUUUUGGAGCAUUAGCUCGUCUGGUGCCGCUGGCUCAAUAAACCUGAG